UCAAGGUCUUUUAGGAUAUUUUCAGCCACAAAAAAGUUUCAUUUUAACACUGCUAUCAUCAUGUAGCCAUGCAACAUUCCUGCAUCUGAAACAGCAGAACAUGGUUUAAUUCCCAUGGAAUGUGUGAACUUAUAUGCAUACCUUAAACGUACUGUAGUUUUAAUGUACUUUUUGAAAGUGUCUGCCAAAUGCAUAAAUGUAAAUGUCUAUUAUUCACACAGGUUUUCCCAGAUUAUUUCACUAAAGCUUGGCUGGUUCACUAAGAAGUGACAGAAGUGACAUCAUUAAAGCCCCAUUUAGUCUGUGGACGGUGGAUGUGAAGUUCCAGCAGCCAUCUGCACUGCAUUCAGAGUUUUUGUCUUCCUUUAGUGCCUCAUCAUCCUCCCUCUGCACAGACAAGCCCUGAUGAUUUUAAACAGCUCUGUCAUGCAGGUUUCGCGGAUCCGCGCUGCGCGUAAAAGUGAGUGGCUCAAAUGCGCGCUAACGCACCACUUCAGCCCAGAUCCCUGCGUGGAAAACGAGAUCGUGGUUUUGGCCACCGGUGUGGACCAGUAUCUCCAGGAGGUGUUUCAUCACCUCGCCUUUUACCACGGUGAUGACCUCGUCUCAGAGAAGGACUUUAAGAGUCUGUGUUUGAUUUUGGGGAUCCCCACGAGCGCAGAGAGCACCGGCACCUCAGAGCACCAGGAUAUCUGCGAUGGACUUCCUCUGGUGCUGAACUUUAGAGAUUUCCACGCACGGCUUUGUGGGUUUUUCUCGUUAAAAGCGCAGGAAGGACAGACGGGAGUUCGACUUCCAGUCAGCGAGGAGACCGAGCACAUCGAGCGGGAGAUCAGACUCCGGUGUCCCCGCGUCCGGAGGAGAAAGUGCGUUAGCUUUGAUCUGUCUGCCGAGCAACAGAACCGGAGGAGGUCAGUGAGGAGAUCCGGACCCUCUCAGAAUCCGGAUCAUUUGCAGAGCUCUGCUGUGGAGCCCAAGAGAAACGCAGUGGAUAUUAACCCUCAGAGGAGAUGGCAGGACCAGCUGGAGCUGGAGAACGCCAGUCUGAGGGAGCUGGUGGAGGACUUGCGUUCAGCCCUCCAGAGCAGCGACGCGCGGUGUCUGGCACUUGAGGUGGCCUUACGCCGAAAAGACAUGCCGUCCCAACAUACUGCUGGAGGAACCCAUGAAAAACAGGACGGCAAAACAAAAACACAACAAUCCAAGCACAUGGAAUGGGACUCCAGAAGAAGCACUAAAGACCUCCUGCGAGAGCUGGAACUGAUCCGUGCUUCUCGAGAUGGACAGCUGGAGGAAGCCAUGAGGUUUAACCAGAGGUUAGAGGAAGAGCUGAUGGCGGCUUAUGGAGAGAUUAGCAGGAUGCAGGAGAUGCUGGACAGCAUCCGGACUGAAAACAUGCAGAUUAAGAAGAGGACAGAAGAGGCCAGAGAGUCACUGGCCGCAGGGCUGCAGGGUGUGAGGACCUUACAAGACCAGGCUCGUCAAGCUGACCUGCUCCGAGAACAAGUCCAGAGUCUGGAGAGCCAGCUGGAGAGGUUCAGGGCCCAGUGCACCUGCCCAGAGCUGAAUAUGAACAAAACUGAAAUACUUGCUGAAACAUGUGGGUCCGGAUUUCCCUCCCCUACCAGUCAUGAUGGUGCCAGAAGAGAGGAAGACCUGCAGAGGUCAGUAGAGGGUCGGGCAGCAUCUGAUGAGGAAGAGGAGGAGAGGAGCAUAGAUGAAGGACAGUGCUGCCACCUGGAGGUGAAACGUCUGAUCAACAGAUUACACAGCUGUGCCAAAGGGUGUCAGAAAGCUUCUAUCUGUAACUGGCUUAUCUCUCAGAGCUCCGCUCACAGCAAAGACACUAAAGCACGUGUGUGGAUUCCUCAAGUGGAUGAGAGGGGAAACCAAGCGGGAAAGAUGAAGCAGAAAGAGGAGAGUUCGAGAGUUUAUCAUUCAGUGCUGGAGGAGAGACUGACUGAUGCGCUCACAUUACUGCUGCAGAUACCACAUAAAAGAGUCUCUCGCAGGAUCUUGGGGAAAAUACUGAUCAACACACUAGAUCUGUGUACUAGAAAAAGCCAUGACUGCACUCCGGUGGUUCUGGUGGUGGACACACUGUGCCAGCAGCUCCUCUCCAGUGACCUCCUGGAUGGAGGAGAGGAGGUCAGCGUUGGGUCACGACCUUCUGGGACCUCAGGUCACCGAAACACAUCCAACCCCCUUCUGAUGUCCUGCUGAGAUUUUACAGAUGUCCCACUUAAGACACUUUACAUGAGAGUACAGAUUGGCGUUCUGUUAUUUUCUGCUUUUUAAGACAUUAAUUAUUACCAGAGUUAUUGUAAUAAGAAUUAUCAAACAAAUAUUUUUCAUUAAUUUAUAAGAAAUAAAAGAGUACCAAUAUAACAUACAAUAUUUGGUGCCUAUCCUGCUCCUUCUUAAUGUAAAAUCUGCUGCCCUGAUACCCAUUGUGGGUUACUUAUUUAUUUCACAGAUCAGGGGGUUUAAAGCAACUGUAUGUACAAUUUUGAUCUUAAAAUAUCAAUUCCAAAAUCAUUAUAAUACACUGACAUAACACAAGGAGAAUGGCUUCUGUUUCUUUCCAAACAUCGGUUCUGGGUAGUUACAGGCGCUUUUGAAACUCUGGCAAACCAUCGAACCAGUAUCUAUAGUUUUUACCUUAUCUUGGAUCAGUUUUAUAAAUUUGUAGAUAUAUUUAAUCAGACUUUUGUAUAAUUAAAAGGACGAGUAGUAGUUAACAGUCUCUUAUUGGCCUGUUAAUCCAAGACAUCCAUAAAAAAAUAAUUAUUAAUUAUUUUUUACAAUUUAAUAAUUAUAAUUAUUAUUCGUUAAUUGCAUUUAAUAGGUUAUACCUUCAAUAAAAAAAAAUUUGGGGGGGUUGGUAAAAGCUGUUUUUAAGCGCGUUUGGCUUGAGUUUUUGUUGCAUUUACACGUUCUGACCAGCAGGCGUCACCAGCGCGU